CCUUCGCGCGUAGGCCUCCUUUGGUUUCAUCUUCCUCGCUGCUCUUUUCCGAUUCAAAACUCCAACCCCCUCUCCCCUCUCCCCAACCCCCCAAACCCUACCAUGUCCUCCUCUACCGACGCCAUGGCGUCGCCUUGCUCCCAUGACCAAUUCGACGGUAAGCGCCUCUCCCCACAGCCCAUCCCUAACCCUAGCCCCAGCCCAGAUCCUAUCUCCGCCGCCUCCCGCCGCAGAACCAGACCGUGAGACGGUGCUGAACUACGUUUUCCAGGCGACCUCCGACGACGAGCUCUCCAUCUUCAAGGAGCUGGUCACGAUAAUACUGGACAAUGGCAGGGGCCGCCCCAAGGAAGCGAUUGAGGAAUUGAGGGUGGAAGAUGUCGGGCAGCUUGAAGGUUUCAGUGCGCUGCACAUUGCGGCCAGUAAAGGGAGUCUGGGGGUGUGCAGGUACCUCGUCGAGGAGCUGCUGGUAGAUGUGGAUCUGGUCGACAAGGAAGGUCCAUCUAUCUUCAGAACCCUAAUCUAUUGGUUUAGGACCCUGCGCACACAUUCAGUCUAGGUUUUGUCAAAUUGUAUGAAGUGCUAUUUUACAUGCUGGAAUUAUUGUUCACAAGGGUUGCUUGAUCUGUAAGUCUCAUGAUACCUGACUGUUUUUUGCUUUCUCUGGGUUUGGCAUAGAGGUGCAUUAUGAUAAUCCAGCUUUUUGAACCAGCUUUCGCCGCGCCUCCAAGCUCAGCACAACACAGUCCAGCAACCAUAAACAGAGCCUAAGAUUAUCUACGUCAGUAUGAACCAAUGUAUCAUAACCACCAAUAUUUAUCUCACAAAAUUAAAUUAUGAUUUAUCAUAUUCUGUUGUGCUAACUCAUGAUCAUGCAGCUUUAUAUGAAAUGAAUCUGUCUUUUUAAGGGAAGAAAUUAGUCAGGCUUAAUUAUGAUACUGAAUGUGAAUACCCUACAUAACACCCGCAAAAAAAAAGCCCUACAUAAGCACCGCUGAUAUAAAUAAUUAAAUAGGCUACUCUUUGAGGGCAAAUUCUUUAUUUUAGGAUAGUUUGGUUGUUUAAUUAUUGCACAUAUGUAUGCACUCCAACUCUGAGGAUGCAUUUGAUUCUUCUAUUCGGGUAGUCUAAUAUCUAAUUUUCAUGUGUCAGUUCCAUUUAACCAAUACUCUCUCGAGCAUUAUGAAAAUCCUGCUUCAUAUUAUAUCUAAUUCGAUGGGUCUACUUUGUGUGCUUGGGGAGCCAUAUCUAAAUUCCAUGCUCUCAGAGAAGACAGAGCAGUGUUAGGAAACUUCUGCGGUAGAACACCUCUCUUGUUUGCAACAUACCACAAUGGGGGUACUGCCGAAUAUCUUCUUGAUCAUGGCGCUAAUCAAGACAAAGCUGACCACGAUGGGUCUUCCCUGUUACAUUAUGCCGCUGAAUUAGGCAAUUGUGAAAUGGUAGAGCUUUUGCUUGCAAAAGGAGCUUAUGUUGACCCGGUGUCUGCUUAUGGAACACCACUUCAUGUUGCUGCUGGUAAAGGGCAUUAUGGUGCUAUGAAGAUUUUACUGGACCACAAUGCAGAUUACAACAAGAUGGUAAAUGGCGUGACACCUCUUAUUGUUGCUACAGAUGCCAAGUCAAUGAAAUGUAUCAAGCUCCUAGUUAAGGCUGGUGCCAAUCUCAAGGAAGCUGCAGCAUAUACAACUCUCCACGCGGAAAAAGUGGUUUCAGAUUAAUUUCUCAAUUGCAUAAUGGAGGAUGUUGAUGCCAACCGUGAUGUUCCUUUUUAUCAGGGGCCUAUGCUUAAACGGAAAAUCAUGACAUCAGGGCUUAUAUCACGAGGGAGCAACUCUUUAAAGAACAAGGAUUAUGUUGUCGCAGCAAAAUUGUACAGUAAGGCAAUGGUGCUUGAUGCUGAUGAUGCAGUCUUGUUCUCAGACAGGAGCCUUUGUUGGCUUCAACUGGGUGAUGGAAAAAAGGCUUUGCUAGAUGCUAAUAGAUGCAGAAAAAUGCGGCCUCACUGGCCAAAAGCUUGUCACCGGCAGGGUGAAGCUCGGAUGCUACUGAAGGACUAUGAGGGCGCAAGUGAACGGUUCUUGGAUGGACUCAAGUUGGACCCAGUGGACACUGAUAUCGAGGCUGCAUUACGGGAAGCUAUGAAGUCCUUGAAGACGUCUAGGUCUCGGAGCAUGAGAGCCAAUUGACUAUUUGGGUGUUGCAGGGAAGUCAGUUGAAGACUUGAAAUGGGUCAGCAGGAGUUUCUACGUUUGCGCAAAGACCGUUUUCCGUUCGAAAGUAAAAACGACAUGUCUGACGGACCGUGGUAUGACUGUUGAUGCAUGCAGUAGCAGUACCCGGUGGAGACUCUCCAGUUGCCAUCUAUCGUGUAUCAGGCUCUUAUGUCAGGUUUUUGGGUCUUCGACGAAGCUCACUCGUCUGCGGCGUCAACCGAAUGAUCGCAGCCUCCGCAUUGGUCUUGUUGCGGUGUUGCUGAAUUCCCUCACUGCUAGUGUUUUUACUACUCACGUUGGUACAAUGCAGUCACGACAGAGAAGAGGGGGAUGUUUUGUUGGUUUUGUUCGCCCUGUGGGUGCAGAAGAAGAUGAGAGCUAGCAGGAGCUUGCUGGCUACGGUUUGGCGGCUGCUAUCUGUUGUUUUUCUGAACUCGGUUGGUUGCUGUGUGAGGUGGUUCGGACAAUGUAAUGAUGAUUUCAGAAAUCAGGGAGUAAAUGGCAAAAAACUACUGCUUUUUUUAA